CCCACACAGGGCGCCGGGUGACGGGGUGGGUUCCCGUGGAUCUUCAGCGGAGCCUCACAGAGUGUUCGUGCCCCUUCCCCCGGAACCACAGUGACUGAGCCAUUGCGGCAGGGCGGAGGGUGAGAGGCGACGGCGCCAGUGAUCCGGGAAGCGGAAGCUGUCCCCGCUUGCCCUGGAUCGACGGGGAGCGGGCGGCUCAAGCGGGGAAGAUGGCCGUUUCCAUGGAGACGCAGCUACAGAGCAUCUUCGAGGAGGUGGUGAAAACUGAAGUAAUUGAGGAAGCAUUUGCUGGUAUGUUUAUGGACACAGCUGAAGAUGAGAGAACCAAACUGAUCAGUUGCCUUGGAGCUUUCAGACAACUCUGGAUGACACUUCCUCAGGAAUCUCACGAACAGUGUGUACAGUGGAUUGUUCGCUUCAUCCAUGGACAGCACAACCCCAAGAGGAUUUCCUUUCUAUAUGACUGCAUUGCAAUGGCAGUUGAAAGUGGACUACUACCCCCCAGGCUGGUCUGUGAAUCGCUAAUCAACUCUGAAAGUCUGGAAUGGGAGAGAAUGCAGCUUUGGGCUCUAACCUUUAGGCUGAUUCGAAAAAUAAUUGGAGGUGUUGACUACAAGGGUGUAAGAGACCUAUUGAAAGCAAUUUUAGAGAAAAUUCAAACUAUUCCUAACACCGUCAGCUCUGCUGUUGUUCAGCAAUUGCAAACAGCCAAAGAUGUUGUGGCAUAUAUCCUGGACAGAAAUGCUUGUCUUUUACCAGCAUAUUUUGCAGUUACUGAGAUUAGGAAGCUUUAUCCAGAAGGAAAGUUGUCUCAUUGGUUGCUAGGCAACCUGGCUUCUGAUUUUGUUGAUAGCUUCAGACCCACAUCACGAAUCAACUCCAUAUGUGGACGUUGCAGUCUUUUGCCUGUAGUGAAUAACUCCGGUGCAAUCUGUAAUUCUUGGAAAUUGGAUCCAACAACACUCCGUUUUCCUUUGAGAGGACUCUUGCCAUAUGAUAAGGACCUUUUUGACCCACAGACUGCUCUAUUGAGAUAUGUUUUAGAACAACCUUACUCCAGAGAUAUGGUCUGCAACAUGCUAGGUCUAAAUAAACAGACCUUGAACAUUGCUCAGCACAAGCAACGUUGCCCAGUUUUGGAGGAUCAGCUUGUGGAUUUAGUGGUUUAUGCUAUGGAACGCUCAGAGACAGAAGAAAAAAUUGAUGAUGGAGGCACCAGUCAAUUGUUGUGGCAACACCUCUCCAGUCAGCUCAUUUUUUUUGUAUUGUUUCAAUUUGCUAGCUUCCCACACAUGGUGUUAUCACUGCAUCAAAAGCUGGCAGGCCGAGGCUUAAUUAAAGGCCGAGACCAUCUGAUGUGGGUUUUAUUACAGUUCAUUUCUGGCAGUAUUCAGAAGAAUGCGCUGGCUGACUUCCUUCCAGUGAUGAAGCUGUUUGACCUUCUGUACCCAGAGAAAGAAUGCAUUCCUGUACCUGACAUUAGCAAGCCACAGUCAACUCAUGCUUUUGCUAUGACUUGUAUCUGGAUACAUCUCAACAGGAAGGCUCAGAAUGAUAAUUCUAAACUGCAGAUACCCAUCCCUCACUCUCUCAAACUCCACCAUGAGUUUUUGCAGCAAAGUUUGAGAAAUAAAAGCCUACAGAUGAAUGAUUACAAGAUUGCGUUGUUGUGCAAUGCUUAUUCCACUAAUUCUGAGUACUUUACAUUACCUAUGGGAGUAUUGGUUGAAACAAUAUAUGGGAAUGGAAGCUUGAGGAUAUCUCUUCCAGGAACAAAUUGCACAGCUUCAGGAUCAAUAACACCCUUGCGAAUGAACUUAUUGGAUUCACUAACAGUCCAUGCCAAAAUGAGCCUCAUUCACAGCAUAGCUACAAGGGUGAUCAAACUAGCCCAUGCCAAAUCAAGCCUAGCAUUGGCCCCUGCUCUGGUAGAAACUUACAGCCGUCUUCUGGUUUACAUGGAGAUUGAAUCCCUUGGAAUUAAAGGUUUUAUCAGCCAGCUUUUACCAAAUGUUUUCAAGUCACAUGCAUGGGGAAUCUUGCACACUCUGCUGGAGAUGUUUAGCUACCGCAUGCAUCACAUCCAGCCCCACUAUAGGGUGCAACUGUUAAGCCAUCUUCAUUCAUUGGCAGCAGUGCCACAUACCAAUCAAAAUCAACUUCACCUCUGUGUUGAAAGCACCGCUCUCCGGCUCAUCACAGCCUUGGGCAGUUCAGAGGUCCAGCCUCAGUUUACUCGUUUCCUCAGUGAUCCUAAAACCGUACUUUCUGCAGAGUCCGAGGAACUUAACAGAGCUCUAAUUCUUACUCUAGCUAGGGCAACACAUGUAACUGACUUCUUUACAGGCUCAGAAUCUAUACAAGGAACCUGGUGUAAGGACAUUCUACAGACAAUCAUGGUUUUCACUCCUCACAACUGGGCUUCACACACUCUCAGCUGUUUCCCGGCUCCAUUGCAGGCUUUUUUUAAACAAAACAAUGUACCUCAGGAAAGUAGAUUUAAUUUAAAAAAGAAUGUGGAAGAAGAAUAUAGGAAGUGGAAAUCCAUGACCAAUGAGAACGAUAUCAUCACUCACUUCUCCAUGCAAGGUUCUCCACCACUCUUCCUCUGUCUGCUUUGGAAAAUGUUGUUGGAUACAGAUCACAUUAAUCAGAUUGGCUAUAGAGUGUUGGAGAGAAUAGGAGCUAGAGCUUUGGUAGCUCAUGUUCGAACAUUUGCCGAUUUCCUUGUUUAUGAGUUUUCAACCUCUGCUGGAGGACAACAGUUGAACAAAUGCAUUGAAAUCCUAAAUGAUAUGGUGUGGAAAUACAACAUUGUCACCUUGGACAGACUGAUUUUGUGUUUGGCUUUGCGAAGUCAUGAAGGAAAUGAAGCUCAGGUCUGUUACUUCAUUAUUCAGUUGCUGCUGUUGAAACCAAAUGAUUUUAGGAAUAGGGUGAGUGAUUUUGUGAAGGAAAAUUCUCCAGAGCAUUGGCUGCAGGAUGAUUGGCACACAAAACACAUGAACUACCACAAGAAAUAUCCUGAGAAGCUGUAUUUUGAGGGUUUGGCUGAACAGGUGAAUCCCCCUGUGCAAAUUCAGCCUCAGUAUCUUCCCAUUUAUUUUGGAAAUGUCUGCCUUCGAUUUUUGCCUGUAUUUGAUAUUGUAAUCCACAGAUUUUUAGAGUUGCUUCCAGUUUCAAAAUCUUUGGAAACUCUUCUUGAUCAUUUAGGAGGCCUUUACAAGUUUCAUGACCGACCUGUGACAUAUUUGUACAACACACUUCAUUACUAUGAGAGACAUCUCAGAGACCGUACAAAUCUUAAACGCAAACUGGUUCAUGCUGUUAUUGGUUCUCUAAAAGAUAAUCGUCCACUAACUUGGUGUUUAAGUGAAACCUAUUUGAAAUUUGCCAUGAACGCACGUGAGGAUAAUCCAUGGGUUCCUGACGACACUUAUUACUGCAAGUUGAUUGGUCGACUAGUGGAGACUAUGGCAGGAAAAUCACCUGGUCCAUUUCCAAACUGUGACUGGAGAUUCAAUGAAUUUCCCAACCCAGCAGCACAUGCCCUCCAUGUAACAUGUGUGGAACUUAUGGCAUUAUCUGUGACAGGGAAGGAAGUUGGAAAUGAGCUUCUAAACGUCGUUCUUAAGAGUCAACCUUUAGUACCGAGAGAAAAUAUUACAGCUUGGAUGAAUGCAAUUGGUCUUGUGAUAACUGCGUUACCUGAGCCCUACUGGAUAGUAUUGAAUGAUCGCAUUGUGAGUGUCAUCAGCAGUGCUACACUGACCUCGGAUACAGAAUGGGUCGGCUAUCCAUUCCAACUCUUUGAUUUCACAGCUUGUCAUCAGUCUUAUUGUGAGAUGUACUGCAGCUAUGUUCUUGCCUUGGCACAUGCAGUAUGGCACCACUCAAGUAUUGGACAGCUUUCCCUUAUCCCCAAAUUUCUCACAGAAGUGCUGAAACCAUUGGUGGAGACCGAGUUCCAAUUGUUGUAUGUUUAUCAUCUUGUUGGCCCAUUUCUGCAACGGUUCCAACAAGAGAGAACUCGAUGUAUGCUCGAGAUUGGCAUAGCAUUUUAUGAGAUGUUGCAGAAUGUAGAUCAAAAUAGCAAAUAUUUGAGCUACAUGGAUCCGAUUUGUGAUUUUCUAUACCAUGUAAAAUACAUGUUUACUGGAGACAGUGUAAAGGAUCAGGUGGAAAAAAUAAUCUGUACGCUGAGGCCAGCUUUAAAACUCCGGUUGCGUUUUGUGACACACAUUAGUAAAGUGGAGCCAGCAGCUCCUGUUCAACCAACAACCAGUGCUUCUCCAGCCGUCCCUUCUGGCCAGGUCUCCACGGGUGUUGCUCUACCAGUAACACAAUAAGAAGACAUGGAUAGCUUUUUCAGUUUGGUAGUUCAAAUGCUGUGAUGUAAAAUAUAAUUUAGUAUUUAAGACCUAAUCCAAACAUUAGACUACAUUUUAAUUUUGUGCCUGUUUUUCAUUUGAUGAUGUAAAUAACACUGACCAGGUAGGGUUGUUAACUGCCAACAAUGUGCACUAGUUGCUUUCCUCUUCUUUAAUCUUGAUUAGAAUGGCUCUGUGUGCCAUAGAAGUAAAACAAAAUGAACUGUCUGCCAUGUUCAGUGAUCACUCACUGAUCAAUAACAGGAAAUAUUGAAACUUGCAUAAACAAUAGAUCCUGAUACUAAAUACUAAUAUCAUUUGUUUCUGUUGGUGAUUUUUUAAAUAUUAUUUUGUAUUAUGUUUUAUUUAAGCCAAAGGAAAUCUUUAUUUUUAUUCUGUAUUCAGUUGCCGAUUGUUCACAUAAUUUAGCUCGCAUUCUGCAACCACUGGUGUGUUUUUAACUAAUUAUAAAUGGCCAAAGAAUGCACAGCAA